AUGUCCCAGACGCUAACAAUAUCUCGGCCUGAGAACGCGGCGUCACCAACUCCGGAGACAUUCGAACUCAGCCUCAAAACGCCCGGGAGGUCUCUCCGCGAGCUAUCACGUCGCGUCGUCGGUUCCUCGUCAAUCCCUCAAGGCACUCUGUCCGAUGAAGAGGACAAUGUCCACCGGGACGCUGCUGCUGUCCCUCCCGACAAUGCCCAGCCAGUCGCUCAGCGUUGGAACAGGCCCAGAGGGAAUAUACCACGCCUUGUAUUCGCAUCCUGGUCAUUCGUCAUUGCCGGCCUCAAUGAUGCUGCUACUGGUGCUCUCAUUCCCUAUCUCGAACAAUACUAUUCCCUGAAUUACACCAUAAUCUCACUCAUUUUCUUGACGCCCUUCGCCGGCUACUCCCUCGCAGCUUUCACUAACGCCAGCAUCCACAUGAAACUCGGCCAGCGUGGUAUCGCAAUCAUGGCUCCCAUAUGCCACAUCGUGACCUACUCCAUUCUCGCCGCACAUCCACCUUUUCCAGCCCUUGUCAUCGUCAACGCCCUCUCCGGUUUCGGCAACGGCCUUGAGGACGCCUGUUUCUGCGCCUGGGUAGGCGUCAUGGACAACCCCAACGCCGUCCAGGGGGUCAUGCACUCCUGCUAUUCGAUUGGAGCACUGUUCGCACCCCUAAUCGCAACAUCAAUGGUCGUUGGUGCCAACAUGCCCUGGUACAAUUUCUACUAUGUCAUGAUUGGCGUUUCGGUCCUCGAACUCCUCGGUCUGAGUAUCACAUUCUGGCACAAGACAGGUGAAGUGUACCAAAUCGAACAUCCACGCGAAGACAACGCUACGGGUGGUCGCACUAGAGAAGCCCUCAAGUCGAAAAGUACUUGGAUUUGUUCCGCCUUUUUCUUCAUAUACAUGGGCAUCGAAGUUGGCCUAGGAGGCUGGAUCGUCACAUUCAUGCUACGCGUCCGCUCCGCAUCACGCGCCGCCUCGGGGUACUCAGGCACAGGAUUCUGGGCAGGCAUGGCUCUCGGCCGCGCCACACUAGGUUUUGUGACCGAACGCUUUGGCGAACGUCUCUGCAUCACGAUAUACUUGGCAUUCUGCAUGGCGCUGCAACUCAUAUUCUGGCUUGUGCCGCGGUUCAUCGUGUCCGCUGUGGCUGUUGCGUUCUUGGGGUUCUUUCUCGGGCCCAUGUUCCCCGGUUGUGUGAUGAUGGGAGCAAAGCUGCUGCCCAAGCACAUUCACGUCAGUGGCAUUGGGUUCGCUAUGGCUAUUGGUGGGACUGGAGGGACGGUGUUUCCAUUUGCCAUUGGCGCCAUCGCCGCGAAGAAGGGCGUAGAGGUCUUGCAGCCGGUCAUACUGGCACUGAUCGUGGUGUUGGUUGGGAUAUGGUUGAGUUUCCCGCGGGUGAAGAAGAGAGACUAG